AUGUCGGCCACUGACGCCGCCGCCGAUGCGGCCAAGCUUCUCCGCGACGAGGUGACCGGAGAGAUGGUCAGCAAGAACGAGCUGAAGAAGCGGAUGAAGAAGAGGGAGAAGGAUGCUGAAAAGGCAGCCAAGGCCGCUGCAGCUCCGGCUCCUGCCGCCUCGGCCAAGAAGGCCGAGUCUGCCGCGGCCAACGAGGAGGAGCUCAACCCCAACCAGUACUACGAGCGCCGCUUCCGCACCAUUGCUAAGCUUCGCGAGACCCGCAACCCCGACCCGUACCCGCACAAGUUCCACGUCUCGAUCAGCUUGACCGACUUCAUCUCCCGAUACGAGGGCAAGCUCGAGGCCGGUCAGCACCUCGAGGGAGAGGAGGUCUCGGUCGCCGGCCGCAUCCACAACAUGCGGUCGUCGGGCCAGAAGCUCCGCUUCUACGAUCUUCACGGAGAGGGAGUCAAAAUCCAGAUUACGGCCCAGCUUCAGGACCACAAGGACGGCGACUUUUUCGAGGCGCAUGACCUGCUCCGCCGAGGUGAUGUCGUCGGCGUCGUCGGUGUCCCCGGCAAGACCAAGAAGGGCGAGCUGUCCAUCUUCCCCACCUCGGUCAAGCUUCUCUCGCCCAACCUCAAGAUGCUUCCCAAGGCCGCCCAGGGCGACAAGGGCGGCUUCACCGACACCGAGCAGCGACACCGAAAGCGCUACCUCGACCUCAUCAUGAACAACCACGUGCGCGAGAUUUUCAUCAAGCGUGCCAAGGUCAUCAGCUACGUCCGACGCUACCUCGACAACCUCGGCUUCCUCGAGGUCGAGACGCCGAUGAUGAACCAGAUUGCCGGAGGUGCCACCGCCAAGCCCUUCAUCACCCACCACAACGACCUCAAGCUCGACCUCUUCAUGCGGAUCGCGCCCGAGCUCUACCUCAAGGAGCUUGUCGUCGGCGGCCUGGACCGUGUCUACGAGAUUGGCCGCGUCUUCCGAAACGAGUCCAUCGAUCAGACCCACAACCCCGAGUUCUCCAUCUGCGAGUUCUACAUGGCCUACGCCGACAUGUACGACCUGAUGGAGAUCACCGAGAGCAUGAUCUCGGGACUCGUCAAGGCCGUCACGGGCGGUUACAAGAUCAAGUACCACCCCGACGGCAAGGACGUCGAGGGCGGCCGCGAGUUCGAGAUCGACUUCUCGACGCCCUGGAAGCGCUUCGACAUGAUCGGGGAGCUGGAAAAGCAGCUCAACGUCAAGUUCCCGCCCGCCGACCAGCUCCACACCGAGGAGACGCGGCAGUUCCUGUCGGACCUCGCAGCCAAGCACAACGUCGACUGCAGCGAGCCCCGCACCUGCUCCAGGCUUAUCGACAAGCUCACCGGCGAGUUCAUCGAGAACCAGUGCGUGAACCCGAGCUUCAUCGUCGGCCACCCUCAGGUCAUGUCGCCGCUGGCGAAGAGGCACCGCGAGAUUCCCGGCCUCUGCGAGCGUUUCGAGGCAUUUGUGGCCACCAAGGAGAUCUGCAACGCCUACACCGAGCUCAACGACCCCUGGGUGCAGCGGGCCAACUUUGAAGAGCAGGCCAGGCAGAAGGACGCUGGCGACGACGAGGCCCAGGCCGUCGACCACGUCUUCCUCGAUGCUCUCGAGCAUGGUCUGCCCCCCACCGCCGGCUGGGGUCUCGGCAUUGACCGCCUAGUCAUGUUCCUCACCGACAGCAACUCGAUCAAGGAGGUUCUGGCCUUCCCCGCCAACAAGCCGCUCCCAUCGGACAACAAGCCCGAGCCCGUGCCCACGCUCGUGGCCCCCGCAGAGACGUCGGCCGAGGCGCAGCCCUAA